AUGGCUAAUAAAAAGAGGAUCAAGAGAGGAGAACCUCCCAAAAGUAGCAAAGCCCUUGACUUGAAGAGUCCCAGAACUCUGGAGGCUAUCAAGAGGCAAGGUUAUGACCCUCAAGAGCUUCAGUAUCUUAGAGAAGAAGAGUAUAUUCAGAAAGAAGCUGACAUGAAGGCAACUCCUGCUGUUAUGCGACUCAGGUAUAAGGAUUAUGAGGAAAACAGAAGAGAAAAAGUCAGAAAUGUUAAGAGAGAAACACAGAUAAUUUUGCAUGAAAAGAAGAAAAAUUAAUGUCAAAAGUAGAGCAAACUCUCAGAAGAAGGUGAAAUACAGAGGAAAGUUAGGCCCUGCUCCAAAGAGGAUCCCGAAUGCAGUCAGCCAGUCUUUGACUAGCAAGAAAAAUAAAAUAUAAAUAAGAUAGCUAUUGAGGCUCAGCUAAAAGACGAAGCAAAGCAAUUCAAGAUGCUACAGACCAAGAACAAGGCUAUAGCUAAGCAAGUUGUCAAAAAGGCGAUCCAGGAAGAACAAGAAGAUAUCAUUCGAGCUCAAAGGAAAGCUGCCUGGAGCGACCAAGAUGCUCGGCAGAAGAAGAGCCUCGAAGAAGCCAAGCUUGAACACAAAAUGAAAAUUCUGGCUAUGCGCAAUAAAGAGCGUGAGCGAAUUCAGAGGGAGAAGGAGCUUUCCUUGAAGAAGUAUAAGCAAGAAUGCAUCAAGAAGGAAAAAUAAAGACCUAAUAAACAAGGAAUAUGAGGAUCAGACCAAAAUUAUGAGGCAAAAAUAGCAAAGAAAUACUCAGACUUAAACGUGAAAAUGAGCUACAGGAAUAUAUAACCAGCCUGAAGUUACAGAAACAACAGGCUGAAGAGAUUCGUAGGGAAUCAUUCGAACGUAAGAUUCAGAAAGCAGAGCUCCAAUUUGAGAAAAUGAAGCAUAAGAAAGAUCACGAACAGCUGCUUAAAUAAACUCAGCAUUCAUAAAAAGCUUGAAGAGGCCAAUAAGCGAGUUAAAUCUAACCUAAAGGCACAGGAGAAGUCAUGGGAAGAGAAGCAGAAAAUGAUUGUUGAGAAGUACAACCGCAUUAAGCUGAUCCAAAAAGAGAAAGAGAAGAUUGCCUCCCAAAGAUCUAAACUUAAAGAGCUCGAGCACAAUAACGCUAAAGGAAGAGGCGAUGGCAUGUUGAACCAGAGGCUCAAGGAGCUUCGUGAGAAAGAGCUCAAGUUUGAAUCCCGUAUUAAAAUCCAUAAGCAGAACAUGCAGAAGGAGAUAGAUAAAAAGCGCAAGUUUCAUAGCUUCCAAAGUCGAAGAAUGGAGCAACGCAGGAAGUUACUAGAGGAAGAAAAGGAAAAGGAGAAAUCCAACUCCCUUCGGAAGCUCAGGGAGAAAGAUAGGCAUACUGAGAAACUCCUGAAGCAUCGGAAUGAAGAGUCCAGGAUUCUUGCUGAGUUUGAGUCUCUUAAGAGAGACAAGAGGCUUAACGAAGCUAAGAGGCUGAAAAAGGUCAGGGAAUACCAGAAAAUAAAAGAAUUUGAAAGGAUUCAAGAAGAGAGAUCUAAAUCCCAAAAUAUUCAAGAGCAGCGAAAGAAGAUCCUCAGUUUAAAAAUUGAGGAGAAUGAGAAGAUCAAGUUCAUCAAAGAACAGCUCAAGGAGAAGAUAAAAACAGCCAAAGGAUAUGGAAUGAGUGAGCUAGAAGACUUAUUAGAAAACCCGUAUAAGGACCUUAAUACUGGAAUGAACAAGUCUAUGGAGAACAUGAUCAACAAACUCAGCAUGAUAAACUCGAACACAAGAAGAAGUCCAAAGAAGAGAAGAGAGAAAUCCCCCAGAAAAGCAGCUAGCGUUAAGAAAAAGAAGAAUGCAAAAUAAGUGU